AUGUUCGAGCGUCGCGCUGCGGACAGGUAUCGUCUACGCAUGCACCGCGCCCGCUCCGCGAUCUUGACCCCGGACGAGAUCGUCGAAGUGCGCGCUGCUCAACGGACCUUCGAGGGAGCAUAUAUCCGCACCGCACUGUCCCAGUUCUCGUUCGCCCUGAUCAUUCUCAAGAUUUUCACCGCGGAAUUCUACAGCAUCGGAGCGCUCUUCGCCGUCUACGGGACUGGAGUGCUCUGCAUCGGUCUCUUCCGUCGCCAGCAGGGCAACCGCCAGUUCUUUUCCGAGGUGGGAGAGGAUGGCCUGCAUCGCAACAAGUUCCGCACCAGUGGGAAUGCGGUAGUGGUACUCACAGCACUGAGCAUCGCGGCGUACAUAUCUCUCAUCGUGCUUACGGCGACAUUGGCAUAA